GCAAGAAGAUUGCUCCCCAUCCAAUAUUUAUUUCCCCCCCUUUUCUGCUUCCAUUCUCAUCCCCACUCACUCUUGCACUCCCCCAACCACUCUACUCUGCAUCUCAUUUUUCAUAUACACAAUUCUGCUUUCAAUUUCACUCUAAAAUCAAAAUCAUAUCAUGGAAACCUCAUCGAUUUCGAGAAGGAUUUUAUUCUUUCUGAUUGCUGUUCAAUUAAGUUGCCAAUGCAUCCAGUGCGUCGUGACGUAUGAUGGAAAAGCCAUUGUUAUCAAUGGUCGAAGAAGAAUAUUGAUAUCUGGUUCGAUACAUUAUCCCAGAAGUACUCCUGAGAUGUGGGAAGAUAUUAUAAUGAAGGCUAAAGAUGGAGGAUUGGAUGUAAUCGAAACUUACGUGUUUUGGAAUGUUCAUGAGCCUGCUCCUGGCGUUUAUGAUUUCGAAGGAAGAUACGAUUUAGUGAGGUUCUUAAAGACAGUGCAAAACGCAGGCCUUUAUGCUCAUCUCAGAAUUGGGCCUUACGUCUGUGCUGAAUGGAAUUUUGGAGGACUCCCAGUUUGGCUAAAGUAUAUUCCUGGUAUUAGUUUCAGAACAGAUAAUGAGCCAUUUAAGUGGGCAAUGAAGAGGUUCACUGAGAAAAUUGUGAAGUUGAUGAAAAGUGAAAACUUGUAUGAAUCUCAAGGAGGCCCAAUUAUACUCUCACAGAUUGAGAAUGAGUACGGGUCUCUAGACACGCGAUAUGGUGCAUUUGGACAUAACUACAUAACCUGGGCUGCAGAAAUGGCCGUUGGAUUACGUACAGGUGUCCCUUGGACCAUGUGUAAACAAGAUGAUGCUCCAGAUCCUAUUAUAAACACAUGUAAUGGUUUCUAUUGCGACGCUUUUACCCCCAACAAGCCUUACAAACCCAAAAUUUGGACAGAGGCAUGGACCGGAUGGUUUACAGAAUUUGGUGGCCCAAGUUAUAGGAGGCCUGUUCAAGAUAUCGCAUUUGCUGUUGCACGAUUCAUACAAAAGGGAGGAUCGUUUGUUAAUUACUACAUGUAUCAUGGAGGUACCAACUUUGGUCGCACUGCUGGAGGUCCUUUUGUCACUACUAGUUAUGAUUACGAUGCUCCCAUUGAUGAAUAUGGGUUGAUUAGACAACCAAAAUAUGGGCAUUUGGCGGAGCUUCACAAAGCAAUCAAGCAAUGUGAACCGGGUUUAGUUGCUUCCGAUCCAAUUAUCGUCUCUUUAGGACCCCGUCAACAGGCACAUGUAUUCUAUUCGAAAUUAGGACGCUGUUCGGCUUUUCUGUCAAACUAUGACACAAAUAACGGUUCACGAGUAAUGUUCAAUCAGAGGCAUCAUAACCUACCUGCAUGGUCCAUCAGUAUUCUUCCUGAUUGUCUCAAUAUGGUCUUUAAUACCGCCAAAAUUGGAGUUCAAUCGACACGAUUAACGAUGUUACGUGCGAAUUCCCAGAUGUUUUCAUGGGAGACAUUUAGUGAAGAUUUAACGACUAGUGACGUGGACUCUGCUUUCACUUCGUUUAGUCUUUUGGACCAAGUAAAUGUCACUAGAGAUUCUAGUGAUUAUCUAUGGUAUACAACCACUAUUGAUGUUGCGCCUACUGAGUCAUUCUUGUAUAACGGGGAGCAUCCGAGACUGUUGGUAGAGUCAAGCGGGCAUGCUCUUCAUGUUUUCAUAAACGGAAAACUUUCUGGUUCGAUUUUUGGAACACGUGAAGAUAGGAGAAUCAGUUACAGGGCGAAGAUCAGACUCCUUUCCGGAAGGAACAAAAUCGCGUUGCUUAGUGUUGCCAUGGGACUAUCGAAUAUUGGGGGGCAUUAUGAAAGUUGGGAGACUGGAGUCCUAGGUCCGGUGGUUCUAUACGGUCUUGACCACGGGAAACUGGACUUGACCCAUACAAAAUGGUCUUACCGGAUUGGUUUGAAGGGUGAAGCCAUGAAUGUUGUCUCCACCACCCGUAUGCCUUCUUCGGUUGAAUGGGUGCAGGGUUCACUCAUCACCCAAAACAACCAACCGCUGACGUGGCACAAGGCUUACUUCAAUGAGCCAGAUGGUGAAGAACCAUUGGCCCUGGAUAUGAGUAGCAUGGGGAAGGGUCAAGUGUGGAUCAAUGGUCAAAGCAUCGGACGAUAUUGGACCGCUUAUGCCACCGGUAAUUGCCAACAGUGUCAUUACACCGGAUCUUAUCGCCCUAUUAAGUGUCAAGUUGGCUGUGGUCGACCAACCCAACGAUGGUACCAUGUACCUAGGUCAUGGUUAAAACCAACCGGCAAUCUAUUGGUGCUUUUUGAAGAACUCGGAGGUGAUCCCACGGGGAUUUUACUAGCAAAAAGAUCAAUGACAAGUGUGUGUGCUGACGUGGUCGAAUAUCACCCCAACAUUAAAAAUUGGCGUAAUGAAACCUAUGGGCAAACACAAGUAUUUCAUAGUCCAAGGAUUCAUCUUCAAUGUAGUCCUGGCUUGUCAAUCUCUUCGAUUAAAUUUGCAAGCUUUGGAACUCCUGUUGGAUCAUGUGGCUCAUUCCAACAAGGAACUUGUCAUGCUCCUACAUCGUUGGAUGUCAUUAGCAAGAGGUGCAUAGGAGAAGAUAGAUGUGCAGUUGCUAUAUCAAACACCAACUUUGGUCAAGACCCGUGUCCAAACAUAUUGAAACGCUUGUCAGUUGAAGCUGUUUGUACUCCAACUUCAAUGGGUCAAGGUUAACAUGGUAUAACCUAAACGCCCAAAACAAAUGGGUAAAAACUAAUUAACACUAAUUGUUAUUUAGGCAAGGAAGGAGAUUUAGACUAGUUUCAGUUUCUUUACAGGGUUUUUACUUUUUAUUCAAAUUAAUCAUAGAUUAGAAAUUCUGAUUCCAAUAAGUUAGUAAAGAUCAUGGGCGUUUUAAAGUUGUAAACAUUCAUUUCAAGUUUCUGUGCAGUUGAGUUGAUGGUGAUAUAUAAUUGAAUGAAAAUUGUGUGAUCAAAGCCAAUUGUUAUAUACAAGAAUUAUCGAUCCCAAAAAUGUAACAAAUACUAAGAUGUGUAAAAAGAUCCACAUGAAAAUUCACUAGAGUUGUAUGAAGCUUUUGAAACAGUAACUACCACAAAGAAACCAUCCAACAACAAGAAACGCAAAACAUGACAAAAAUGUUAGAAAACUUACGCCUCCAAAGGUGAUUCCAAUGAAGAAAAAGAACACGAAUGGAAGACAAGAUCGAACCAUGGAUUUUGUAUCCACCCAUUGACCUUUCAACAGGAUCAAUACAGCCAAGUUUACCACAUUCCACCUGCCACCCUGGAACUCCAACCGAUUUAGAUUAUUGGCCACAAAUGAGUGACAGUUGCAAGUAAAGAUGUUGUAGGUUUUAUGUUGGUAUUCUUGUGUGCUUUUUCUCAAGGCAUCAUCCCAUCCACAUGUGUUGUAUUGGUUUCUUCCUGAUUCUACUAGUCUAUACUCUUCUUCAGUUCUGAACAUGGUUGAUGUUGAAGGAUUGGGAGUCAUGGAGCACUUAUCUUUGUUGAUUUGGACAUAUCGAGACACAGCUCCAAAUGCAAAGUUAUCUACACAGAUGAAAUUAGGACCUGCAAAAUCGAGGAUGACUCCAUCCUCUUUGCCUAUCCCAACAUGACCAACAAAAGGAAGGAGCCAUGAAAUAACAGGGAGUGGUGUCCAUACUAUGCAGUAUGGAAAGCGAGCUUUUGAUGGAUCAAUCUGCUUGCUAUGUGGAAGUGGAAGAUCCUGCUCGAUCA